ACCUCAAUUCAACCAAUACAAGGUGCAGGACGUGAAGUGGUUGCACACUUGGUUCAAGCGAGCGAAUUGGUUGCAAACUUGACAUUAUGGCAAACAUGGCGUGAGUUUUUGAAAUGGAAAUCAAGAUGGCACAUGAGAUACAUUUAAAGAACAACAAAUACCGGCAGUGGGUUAAGGCUGGCCUAGGCUUGGGUUAUCUUAAAGAGGGACUUGCGCCAUUUUGUGAUGACAUAGGAAGACAGCAGCACAACGAUAUUAUAAACAAAAUACAACAAACAAAGACUCCUCAACCAAACGUACCAUGUGGCGCCUGUCAGAUAACAACUCUACAGCCAGAUCAUGUCCGAGUCUCAAAAGGGAUAUGUCCCCUCAAACAAGAUAAAUGUAACUGUUGUUUUCCUAAUAAUAAGAGACCCUGUCCAAACAAUAUAUGUGGUGCCAUCUAUGACAGCAUUAUACAGUAUCAUGCAUCAAUGCCACCAGUACCUUUUUGGAAAAACAGUGAUGUCCAACAGUGGUCGACAGAACCAUGGGAGGUUUGCAAAUGUUUUAUAAAUGCUCCUGGGUACAAGGACAAGAUAUCAGCAGUCGACACCGAUUGCACUGGGUUGCUUCAUGUUAUCAUAAAUAACAAGUACUUUCAUAG